AUGUGCCAUGCUGCUGUGUGGAUAGUCGAUGGUCAAAUGAAGGAGGGCCAUGGUCCGCUAUGGAGGAAAUGGGCUUCCCGCUGCAUGCAAAAAUUUCGAUCUCUUCCCAUCAUUAAUCGGUGUCAUGACUAUGAAAUAGAAGCAAAGUUCAUAUACGAAUGUGGAGGUUGUGGACAAAAAGUAAGACGUCAUACGAAAUCGUUGGAUAUUAGUCGAAAGAUAUGCGGUAUUUGCAAGUGUUCCUUCACUCUUAACACUUUUCUACGUGCAAGAGUGUCACCGGGAGUUGGACUAGCACAGAAUCCAUUCGCGAAGUUUGUUAAAGAGAACUACUCGAAACACAAGAAACUUGGCAUGAAACACGGCGAAGUGAGUUUAUCGUAUUUUGUUCAUUCACUGGUCUUUCUAUGA